AUGGUUUUAGCAGAUUUGGGUCGAAAAAUAACGACUGCUUUGCAGUCGUUAAGUCGUGCUACCAUAAUAAAUGAAGAGGUUUUAAAUUCUAUGCUGAAGCAAAUAUGUGCAGCUUUAUUAGAAGCAGACGUGAAUAUCCGUUUGGUAAAAAAUCUUCGUGAAAAUGUGCGUGCUGUCAUUGAUUUUGAUGAAAUGGCUGGAGGGCUUAAUAAAAGGAGGAUGAUACAAUCAGCAGUUUUUAAAGAGCUUGUAAAGCUAGUUGAUCCUGGAGUAAAACCAUAUCAACCAAUGAAAGGAAAACCAAAUGUUAUCAUGUUUGUUGGUCUUCAGGGAUCUGGUAAAACAACAACAUGUACAAAGCUUGCUUAUCAUUAUUUAAGAAAGAAUUGGAAAUCUUGUCUUGUUUGUGCCGAUACUUUCAGAGCUGGUGCUUAUGAUCAGGUCAAACAGAAUUGUACAAAAGCCAGAAUACCAUUUUAUGGAAGUUACACAGAAGUAGAUCCAGUAGUUAUAGCAUCAACAGGUGUAGAGAUGUUUAAGAAAGAAGGUUUUGAAAUGAUUAUUGUAGACACUAGUGGUCGCCACAAGCAAGAAGAGUCAUUAUUCGAGGAGAUGUUGGCAGUUGCUAAUGCCAUUAAACCAGACAACAUUAUUUUUGUGAUGGAUGCAACAAUUGGACAGGCUUGCGAAGGACAAGCUAGAGCUUUCAAAGAGAAAGUAGAUAUUGGUUCUGUUAUUAUUACCAAAUUGGAUGGACAUGCAAAAGGAGGUGGUGCUUUAUCAGCUGUAGCAGCAACACAAAGUCCUAUAAUUUUUAUUGGCACUGGAGAACACAUUGAUGACCUCGAGCCAUUCAAAACAAAACCCUUUAUCAAUAAGUUGCUGGGUAUGGGAGAUAUUGAAGGUUUAUUGGAUAAAGUGAAUGAGUUGAAGCUGGAUGAUAAUGAUGAACUAUUAGAAAAACUUAAGCAUGGACAGUUUACACUUAGAGCUAUGUAUGAGCAAUUUCAAAACAUUAUGAAGAUGGGACCAUUUUCACAAAUUAUGGGCAUGAUACCAGGUUUUUCCCAAGAUCUAAUGUCAAAAGGCAGUGAACAAGAAUCAAUGGCGAAAUUGAAGCGGCUUAUGACCAUAAUGGAUUCUAUGAAUGAAGGAGAGCUUGAUCAUCGUGAUGGUGCAAAACUAUUCUCAAAGCAACCUACACGUGUAACUCGAGUCGCGCAAGGCGCAGGUGUUACUGAGCGCGAUGUAAAAGAUCUAAUUGCUCAAUACACAAAAUUUGCAGCAGUAGUAAAAAAAAUGGGAGGCAUUAAAGGAUUAUUUAAAGCUGGAGACAUGGCCAAAAAUGUUAAUCAAACUCAAAUGGCCAAACUCAAUCAACAGAUGGCUAAGAUGAUGGAUCCUCGGAUUUUACAACAAAUGGGUGGUAUGUCUGGACUUCACAACAUGAUGCGACAGUUACAACAAGGUUCAAGUGGUAUGAACAGCUUAAUGGGUGGAAAA